AUGGGCGGUCAGGCUUUUGCACAUAUCGUCGCAGACAAACCCAUCGAUAUUCCGCGGCUGUCACCAGAUACCUACCAGCAAGUAGCCGCGGACGUCAAGUUGAAGUUGGAGACACUGUUCCAUCAUGUCACAAUACCUCGAGAUGCUCCUGAAAAAAUCGAUUUCGGCGACAUUGACUUCCUUGUAGAAGGCAUACGUGAUCCGAAGACCGAUAGCAACAUUUGGAUUAGCGUGAAAGAAGUACUCGGCGCUGAGCUCUUUGUGUCCCCUCAUCAUUUUGGGAUUAAGCACCCCUCAAUAACAAAUGCCUAUGUGCAGGUGGACGUUGAACUGUCUCCAGGAAUCGGCGCGGAACUCUUCGAAUGGACGAACUUCAUGAAGAGCGAUUCGGAUCUUCUGCAGAUCGUCGGAGUCGUUCAUCGGUCUCUUGGUAUAACAUGCACUGACAAAGGUAUGCACGUUCGUGUGGAAGAGGUGGAACCGUACAACAGGAAGAAGAGCAUGCUUUUCCUCACGCGAGAUCCGAAUCAGGCGAUGGAAUUUUAUGGAUACGAUAAGGCCAAGUACCAUCAAGGUUUUGACAGCGAGGCCGAGAUGUUCGACUGGGCGACUAAUGGCCGAUACUUCUACUGGAAAGUCUACGAGGACCGCGACGAAACCUCAAACGACCGAACACGAUUGAAUAAGCGCCCGAUGUUCCGACGUUUCGUACAUGAGUAUAUGCCUUCCUGUGGCAAAGGCACGAUUUCGCACACUCAGACAGAGAACAGCGACCCUGACGCAGAGAAGGCUAUCCCAUCUCGACAAGACGUACUGCAAGAGGCCUUGCGCAUGUUCGACAAGCAUGAGGAGUACAAUGCAAUCAUCCUGGAGCACAGAACGAAGGGCGUCGAAGAAGCACUGUGGCUACAGAUCAACAAUUCAAUCCCGUCGCAAAAUGCAGCUCGCGGAACCAUCUUGAAAGGCCUGAAGAGGUGGGUGGCUUUCAUAAAUGGCCGCCCAUAUAUCACUGAGCGGCCGAUUGCGACGAGCAUGAAACUGAAGUGGUCCGAACACGUUCCCGAUGACGCUAUACCGGACCUUCUGGCAUGGAUUGCAGAGAAUCGGGACCAGAUCGGAGAGCUUGAGGAAUUCCGCGCCAGCGAGGCGAGGAAGGCGGGCAUGAAGAAUUGA